UUCUGAGGUAGCAAUGUGGGAGGAGCUAUGUCUCCACAGCUGCAAUAAAUUGUUAAUUAGUGGCUCUUUGUUCAGUGUGACAUCCAACAGCACAUGGGGAGAUUCAGAGUUGAUGAGUCCUUGAAUUUAAACCAUACAACUCUGGUCUCAUGAUUGCUUGACUGACAAUAAAAUAUUAAGGAACUGGAUUAUUUGGAGCUUCUGUGUUUUAAUGGGCACACCAUCCUGGCAACACUUUGCCUGAACUAGCUUCUAUCCUUAUCAGUAAUUUACAUGGUCCUUCGAGCCGGAUCGGUUGCUAGGAUGGAGAAAGAUGAUGUAGUGAGACCUAAACGGACAGUUAGACCUCCUAAAUGGCAUCAAGAUUAUCUACUCACUCAGCCAAGCGUACCCGCUUGCACACAAAGACCAAGGUCUGCUGAUCAUGUGUCUGUGGAGAUGACAGAGGGAGCUUCCCUAUCUGAUACUAGAGCUGAGAUGAGAAUUCUGUCUGAAGAUGUGCAACAAAUAAAGGGAAUGUUAUCAGAACUGGGACAGUCAAUGAGAGCUAUGCAGCUAAGAGGCCAAAGUUCUUCCUUUUCUAUUAGUUCUGAUUGCAGUUCUACUAAAGCAUCUCCUGUUGUUCACCAGACUAAGGUGGAUGAUAUUAAUAAAGUUCCUCUUGUCCUUGAAUUGGGUGAAUGUCUAAGACAACAUGAAGCAAAUAGAGAUAUUGAUUCAUCCACAUUACCUCCUCGACUUAGUAGACAAAGUACUCUCCCUCCUCCGCCACGAUCUAUGUUGCCUACACCAUUGCCACCAGAUGGUAGAGUAUCAUUAGAGACUGGUUCCUCACAAUGUCCUAAUCUACCUAUGUUAAAUGAGUCUGCUAAUUCUGUUCACUUAAGGGCACAGCUUUCAGAGAAUCCUGUUGUUGCAAGUACGAGUCAAGUUCAGUUUGGUAAUGGUCUCCCUUGGCCAUCUUUACAUCAACAGCCAUUUAAUCCAGUUUAUCUGUGUAAUGAUCAAGCAACACGGAGCUAUGGGCCUAGUUCUAGUCAGAUGCAGAGUAAUGCAUGUUUUCCAUGGAUGCUCCCAAACUAUCCUGCCCCCUUUCCUCCUCCUGUGUUGUAUCCACCUUAUGGUUCAUUUGUCCAUCCAAGCCAUGCCUUUCCAAUGUCAGUACCUUCAUAUAGUCAAGCUCCUUCUAUGCCGCCAACUCAUAUUACAGCCCGUGCUCCCUUUCAAGGGCUUCCACAAAUGGCUACUGGUAGUAAUACUCCCCUACCUCAGAUGUUGUCAGGUCCUCCAUCAACAGUCCAAAUUGGACAUUCAAAUGUAAGUCAACCUAUAUCAGCCUGUGUUCAGUCAUCUUCAGCACUGGGCCCUCCUAGAGUCUCUGCGGUAGAAAGACCAUCAUUUCCGUAUUUCAAAACUGAUGAUCCUCAAGAAUUUGCAAUGCUGAAUAUGGCCUUGAGAAAUUUGCUGCCUGCUGAGGAAACUGAACAAUAUAAAUAUCAUAUUCUUUUGGAUCACUUAAAGUUGGAUGCUGCUCGUCAUUUAGCCCUUGCAUAUGCUCAUGAUCCUCAGCCUUACACUACUGCCCUAAAAGCACUUCAAAGAAAAUAUGGUCAGCCUCAACACCUAGUGUUACGGGAGAUAGCUUUUAUUCAGAGCUUACCAGCCAUUCGUUCUGGGGAUUCUACUGGAUUCAGUCAGUUUGCACUACGAGUCCAGGCCUUAGUAGGCAUGCUUCAGUCAUGGGGGCAGAAUGAAGGAGCUAAUGAAUUGGCGUGUGCUUCUCAUGUUCACCAGCUAUUAAGUAAACUUCCAGCAAAUCAUGUGUCCAACUUUGCUAGACAUGCUCGAGCUGUUCGGCCAGAUGUUCCUUAUAAUUUGGUGGAUUUUGCAAAAUGGCUAGAGGAGGAAGCAGAAUGCCAAAGCUUGGUGGUUCAAGUAUCUGACCAGUCUAAAGGAGCAACAAAGUUUCAAAGUAGAGAUGGGAGACCACUGAAAUCUUUAUCUUCUACAGCUACCUUCUUGCAGGGUAUUAAUCAGGAGGGAAAUGGGAAGCCCUAUGGAAUAGUUAAUCAAUCUAACAAUUCAAAUAGCAAGCAACUAGUAGAACCCCAAAACUUUUGUGCCUUCUGUGGUAGAACCCAUCAUUUGAAUCAGUGUCCUGAGUUCUUACAGUUUGAUGUAAAUGCAAAGAGAAAAUGGAUCUUGGAUAACAAUCGUUGUUGGAGAUGUGGACGGAAACAUCAUUCUUCUAACUGUAAUUUGAGGAGAGAUUGUCCAUCCUGUAAAGAAUGUCAUUUAGCAGUCCUGCAUGAAGUUAAUGCUUAUAAACCUGACUCUGGCAUAUUCUACUUAAGCAAACCAAGUGGCCUAAAUUCUGUGCUUUUGAAGGUGGUGAAAGUCAUUCUGAGUGCUCAAGGGAAGACUUUAGAAACGUAUGCAAUUCUUGAUGGUGGUUCAGAAAAGACCAUGCUUUUGUCUCCUGCUGCUGAGAUGCUGGGCCUGAAUGGGGCGGCUGAGUGCUUGAAGGUGCGAACGAUUCGACAAGGUAUUGAAGAGAUUGAUGGAGCUAAUGUUACCUUUUCUGUCUCUCCAGCAACUUUGAAGCACAAGAAAUAUCAGAUCAAGGCAGCAUUCACAGCUAAGAUGUUGGACUUACCUGAACAGACAUAUCCUAUCCAUAGUCUUCAACGUUGUUAUCAACAUAUUAAAGACCUCCCUCUGGAAGAAUUCCAUAAAGAGAAGCCUCUGUUACUUAUAGGUGCAGAUCAUCCCCAUUUGUUAUGUUCUACUGAAAGAGUGGUGCUGGGCCUUCCCGGAAGCCCAGCUGCAUUGCAUACUCGUCUAGGAUGGGUAUUACAGGGACCCAUUCCAUUAGUGCAAAAGACAAGCUCUGUUUCUCAAUGUCACUUCUUAGCUUCUUCAUCUAUGGAUCAGCUACAGAUGGAUGUAGAAAAAAUGUGGCAAAUGAAUGUAAUUCCAUAUGUCCAGAUGUCAAAGAAUACUCACAGGUCAAGGCAAGAUCAAGAGGCUCUUGAGUGUUUGGAAAAGAGAACAGAACGAGUUGAGGUAAAUGGGAUGACAAGAUCUGCUACUCUCUUACUUUGCGCUAAACUUGCACCAAAGGAAUUCCACACCAGUGGUGAAUCCAGUCAGGAUGCUGCACCUGAAGAAUCCAGUCAGGAUGCUGCACCUGAAGAAUCCAGUCAGGAUGCUGCACCUGAAGAAUCCAGUCAGGAUGCUGCACCUGAAGAAUCCAGUCAGGAUGCUGCACCUGAAGAAUCCAGUCAGGAUGCUGCACCUGAAGAAUCCAGUCAGGAUGCUGCACCUGAAGAAUCCAGUCAGGAUGCUGCACCUGAAGAAUCCAGUCAGGAUGCUGCACCUGAAGAAUCCAGUCAGGAUGCUGCACCUGAAGAAUCCAGUCAGGAUGCUGCACCUGAAGAAUCCAGUCAGGAUGCUGCACCUGAAGAAUCCAGUCAGGAUGCUGCACCUGAAGAAUCCAGUCAGGAUGCUGCACCUGAAGAAUCUCCUCUCGUUUUGUAUCUGAAGAAUCUAAUUACGAAAGUUUUAAUGCAGAUUCUGAUACUCUCAUACAUAGGAAAUGGAGGCAUAGCCAAGUUAUCAUUGACAGAUUUUGGGCAAGCUUUAUUAGAGACUAUAUCUACUUGGUUUACAGACUCACCAAAAGUGGAAGGAGGAUGGAAGAGUCUAUUCUGUGUACCAGCUGUAGGGAUGGUAGUUGAUCUUCAACUCCCACGAGGGCUUUGGCCUAUAGGAACUGUAACAAAGGUCCUACCAAGUUCUGAUGGUAUAGUAAGAGUUGUGAAUGUACUUAUUGAUUUUAAACACUAUGUACGUCUAGUCAAUCAUUUUAAAUGAGUGUUCAAAUGAUUUAUGAUUGUACAGAAUUCUCUAUGGGCAAAUAUGUUUACAUAUUUGGGGGCGGCUGUUGAGAAUUCUGAGGUAGCAAUGUGGGAGGAGCUAUGUCUCCACAGCUGCAUUAAAUUGUUAAUUAGUGGCUCUUUGUUCAGUGUGACAUCCAACAGCACAUGGGGAGAUUCAGAGUUGAUGAGUCCUUGAAUUUGUAAGUUUGUUGUAUUAUUUCUUUAAAUAUAUAUGCAAGUAAUUUAAUGUUUAGUAGUAUUGUUUGUCUAUAUUUGUAAUCUGUGUAAUUGAUUAAUUAUGUGUUUAAAUUGUAAAAUGUUUGUUUGUUUUAGAAACCAUACAACUCUGGUCUCAUGAUUGCUUGACUGACAAUAAAAUAUUAAGGAACUGGAUUAUUUGGAGCUUCUGUGUUUUAAUGGGCACACCAUCCUGGCAACACUUUGCCUGAACUAGCUACUAUCCUUAUCAG